GACACUUCUGACAAUAGUUUUGUAAUAACUUUUGCGCGAUCUUUCUGACCUUAAAAACUCCGAUAAUAUAGUAUGUUAUUUAAUUGGAGUGCAGCGUCGGAGUAGUUCGUAUUGUCUAGAACAUUAUUUCAUUUAUAAAGAUGCCUAGUGUGGUCACUGUGGACACUAAUCCCUUUGAGGGCCAAAAGCCGGGAACAAGUGGUUUACGUAAAAAAGUUAAGGUUUUCGUUCAAGAACAUUAUACAGAAAACUUUGUGCAGAGUAUUUUGGAUGCGAAUAAAGACUCCUUGAAGGGUUCCACGCUGGUUGUCGGCGGAGAUGGCCGGUAUCUCGUGAAGGAGGUUGUAGACAAAAUUAUCAAGAUCUCUGCUGCUAAUGGAGUGGGAAAACUGCUGGUUGGUCAGAAUGGCAUCCUGUCAACUCCUGCAGUUUCCUGCAUCAUCAGGAAAUACAAGGCUCUUGGUGGCAUCGUACUAACAGCUUCCCACAACCCGGGCGGCAUAGACAAUGACUUCGGCAUAAAGUUCAACUGCGCUAACGGAGGCCCCGCCCCCGACGGAACGACCAAUCAGAUCUAUGCGCUAACCACCGCCAUUAAACAGUACAAGAUUGUGCCUGAUCUUGUUUGUGAUAUUAAUAAGAUUGGUGUUAGUAAUUAUGAUAUCGACGGCAACAAAUUCACAGUAGAAGUGAUAGAUUCAGUGAACGACUACGUGGCUUACAUGAAGGAGAUAUUUGACUUCAACAAGAUCAAAGCGUUGAUCCAGGGGACUGACAAGCGCAAGCCGUUUAACGUGCUCAUUGAUUCUAUGAAUGGAGUAACGGGCCCCUACGUUAAGCGCAUAUUCCUAGACGAGCUGGGUGCCAAGGAAGGUAACGUGCGUCGCAUAGUGCCGCUCGAAGACUUCGGGGGCGCCCAUCCGGACCCCAACCUGACCUAUGCAGCUGACUUAGUUAAUGCGGUCAAAGGGGGGGACUAUGAUUUGGGAGCCGCUUUUGAUGGGGAUGGUGACCGCAACAUGAUAAUAGGUCGCGAUGCGUUCUUCGUGACUCCCUCCGACUCUUUAGCCGUGUUAGCGAACAAUUUGCAGCACAUUCCGUACUUUGAGCGCACGGGCGUCCGCGGGUACGCGCGGUCGAUGCCGACGGCCGCCGCCGUGGAUAGAGUCGCGCAGGCUACGGGACAUGAGAUGUUUGAAGUGCCUACUGGCUGGAAAUACUUCGGCAACCUAAUGGACGCUGGUCGCCUCUCCCUCUGCGGAGAAGAAAGCUUCGGCACCGGCUCGGACCACGUGCGGGAGAAGGAUGGGCUGUGGGCAGCUCUCGCCUGGCUGUCAGUCCUGGCGGCCACCGGACUGUCCGUCGAGGAUAUACUGAAGGCGCACUGGGCUAAGUUCGGCAGGAAUUACUUUACCAGAUACGACUACGAGGAAUGCGCCAGCGACCCCUGCAACGAGAUGAUGCAGACUCUCGAGAAGAAGAUCACAUCUCCCGGCUUCGUGGGCUCUUCUCACAGCAGCGGCGGCAAGACUUACGUCGUGAAGCAAGCUGAUAACUUCUCUUACAUGGACCCUAUAGACCAGAGCGUCGCUAUGAAGCAGGGUCUCCGCAUUAUUUUCGAGGAUGGUUCCCGUAUUGUGUUGAGACUUAGCGGUACUGGCAGCUCGGGAGCUACUGUCAGAUUAUACAUAGACUCGUACGAGGCUACCAACGUGUUGGGCGACGCGCAAGUCAUGCUCAAACCUCUGAUAGACGUCGCGUUACAAAUCUCCGACCUACCCAAGUACACGGGACGUGAUGCACCCACUGUUAUCACAUAAGUUUAUAUAUAAACAUGUAUAAAAUACAUUUUUAAUAUAUGCCCAGAUGUUAUUUACCGCAAAUAUGUAAAAAUCAAGUUUUGUAAUAGACUUAAAGUCAAUAUUCUGAAAUAUUUCAGCAUUUUUUUUAUAAGUGUGUUAUGAUUGAAUAAAUUACCAAAAUGAUAAAUGAACGUUACAAA